AUGUUACCGAUUCUUCGCGUGUCUUGCACCAUUACUGAUACGACUAACGCCAAGCCCCGAACGGGUACCAUACUUGGAGAAGCCGAAAACCCUCACCGAGUAAGUUAUCCAACUUUACAAACAGGUACUGAAGUACUCAGGCGUCGUUCGAUAUUCGACCACAAACUACUGAAACUCAGGCCUCAAAACCCUAGUUGUGACCCUAUGGCUGAACGCAAAUAA